AUGAAAUUAAAUCUAUAAGUAAAAAAUAUAAGGAAACAUUAUGAUAAAUUCGAAUGCAUCCUAUAGGAUCUCAUCAACCAAGAUAUUGAUAUCCAAAUUAAUGUGGUUAAAUUAACUCCUUAAGCAGAUUCUCUUAUUUAAAAGUUGGAAUCUCAAAGAUUUUUAAAUCUAGACCAUUUUUAUAAAAUACCACUUCAUCAAUUCUCUGAUAUCCUCAAAUACGACAAAGAACUCGAAUACAAACUCAAAGAAUAUAUUGCUCAAACAUUUGAUACUCAAUUUACUUGGUUUAUACAAAAUGAAUGUCUUGUCACCCAUCUAGAUUGCUCAUAUUAGGUCGAUUAAUUUUUAAAUAAGCUGUUCUAUACAUAGACAAACUUCAAACAAUAUGCAGAUUACAUGAAUACUCAACAUCAAAUCAAAGUUUAUGCAAGUCAAGAUGAUAUUCCCUUAAAAGAUUACAAGAAAUACAAUACGAGAAAAACUUAUACGUUGUAUGGAUUUAAGAAUCAGCUUAAAUAGUAAAACGUCUUUGAGAAAAAAGUUGUAAGACAUGAAAAUGAUGUUGCUAUGCAUGAUGUAUUUAUUGAAUACUAUAUUCCUAUAAUUAAAUAAUGGGUUGAAUAGCAUUUAUAUACAUAUGUUGAAGUGCGGAGAGGCCAUUAGAUUGUAAUAAAUAUACAUUUAAAAGUCUAAGAUUGAUUUAUUUGGACCACAUCAACUAGUUACAAAAGCUGAGGAAAUAUUAAUGAAGGAGUAUACUGCCCUUAAUUAUUAAUGUGGAAUACUCAAAUUUAAGGAUCUUGAUGAUGAAUCUAUCUAGCUCAUGUAAAUUUAAGAAGUUUUGAAUCAAAAUUAGUAUUAUGAUUAUGAAGUAGCAAAACAUAGUUCAUUUGCUUUAGACUAAUUAGAAAACUCAUUAAAAUCAGUUAAAUGUAGAAUCUUUUCUGCAAUAUUGGCUAUUGGUAAAUCUAUCUCACUCAUUUUUACUUAGAUUUUAGGAAUUAUGAAUUAUGCAAUAAUGCCAAAUAUUAUUUUAAUUUCGAUAAGGAUAGAAAGAAUAUUGAGAUUCUACUAGAAAAUGAAGUUUAUAAACUCUCUAAAACCCAAAAAGAUGGAAAAGCUUUAAGUUAUUUUGUCAUCAUUAAUGGAAGAUUCUAAUAGUCUGUAUUUCUUAAGAAACUUAAUGAAGAUCUGGAUAUUAUUCACUAGAAUAUCCACAAUAUAAACUAAACUAAUUAUUUAAGAAACUUGUCAGAAAAAGAGUUGACUAAUCUUCUAAACACUUAUUAGGUUAAAUUAAAAUUCAAUUAGAAUUGCAUUGAAAUAUUAGGUAAAUAACAAUCGGUAGAUCGUUUUGUAUAAUUCCUAAUCAAAUAAAUUUCACCUCAAGCAGAUGUGAUUGACUUUCAUUAUUUCAAAAAUUAAUUUAAUUACAAUGUAGUAAUCAAUGAUUAUAAGGAUAAGUUAUAGGAUAUGCUCUAGUAAUCUUAAUGCUAAAGUACAAAAUUGUUUAUAAAUUAAUAGGCUCUUUUGGAGAAAACGAAUUGAAAAUGAAAAUUGUGAGCAGAGAUUCAAAUAAGAUUCUUUAAUUAAAAUCAUAAUUAAGACUAUUAGAGAAUGAUAUUGAAAAAUCUAAGAAAACCAUCUAAAUAUCAAUUGAAAAACACUUAAAUAUACAUUUACAGUAAACAAUGAGUUUAUUAAAUUUAGUGCAUAAAUUAAAUAACUUUCAUCCAAGUUUCCAUCUGUUGUUAUAACUAUUGAAAAAAAUAAUGAUUCUGGAUUGAAACAGCUUUCUACUUUCACUAAGAACUAAUCAAAAAUAAAAGUUUUUUAUGGUUAACCCAAUUUACUCUAUGAUAUUUAGAAGGAUAUUCUAAAUCUGAAGAAUAGUAUGAUCUUAAUACCAAUAGAGAAAAUACACGAUUAACCCUAAACAAUAUAGUUGCUAUGGCUGAAUGAACUAAUUCAGUAAAAUAAUAUUACUUUAGUAAAUCAAAAGGUGAGUUCUUCUUUUGAAUUGUUUCAAUAUGAGCUAAGUUUUCAACAAAAAGUAACUGACUCCAAUUCAAAUUAGAAAUAUGUGUAUGAAACUCUGGAGUUUUCUAUUUAUUAUAUCUAUUAUAGAGAUCUAUUGAAACCAUAAAAUUUUAUCCACUAUUUUGACAAAUAAAGUUUGCAUAAUUCUUACGAGAAACUAAUCGAUGAAAUUAAAAUAUCAAAACCUGCAUCUAUAUUUGUCACAAGUUUAGUUCAGAAAAAUGGUUAAGACCUAAAACAAUUAAUUGAUUACAUCAAAUAAGCAAACUUGUAUUUAUUAUCAAUAUAAUUUAGUCCAUCGAUUUAGAUUUCAUUAAUGACAAAUGAAAAAAAUGAUUUGACUUCACUCAAGUCUUUUCUAAACGAGAAUUUUGAAGAGGAUAAUUCAAAUCAAGACAAAUUAACUUAUCAUAUAUCAAUAAAAGGGUGCUUUUAAGAAACCCUUAAUUAAGUGAUUAAAGAAUUAAAUGAGUUAUGA